CGCGCUCGACAGUCCGACGCGUCCUGCACCGUACACGGGUAGUAAAGUCGCAUCCUGCCAAGAACAGAAUUGAUUACAGCAAUGGCCUCACCCAGGUGGAAAGAGCUGUAUAGGUAUGCAGCAUGCGACCUUGCUGAUGGCCUGCUCAAGCUCAAUGUUCCUGGCGCAGGUUUCCUAGCCAACAUACAGCCAAUGCCGCAUACUGCAAGCAUAGCAAGACCAGUGUUGAAGAAGGUGCUUGCGCCUGCAUCAACAUAUCUGAUGGCACCCAAAGCAACUAAAUCAUUCCCUAACCCGACCAAGCUGUCACCGGAUGCACCAGCUUCGAACUUACCAGACUCGAGACCAUAUGCAGACUAUGCAGAGCCUGGCACCAUCAUUGUCAUCAGCCAGCCACCAGGCCAGUCAUGCGCAGUCGUGGGUGGCAUCAUGGCUGCCCGUAUGAAGCAGCUUGGGGCAAGCGGUCUGGUCGUCGACGGUAGAGUACGAGAUCUCGUAGCACUGAACGAGACACAGCUACCAAUCUGGUCAAAGGGAACGUCGAUCAUCGGCGCAGGAGCAGAGACGAAGUUUCACGCGCACAAUGUGCCGAUACAUAUUGGCGAGACUAUUGUCGAGGCCGGUGACAUUGUAAUGAUCGAUCCAUUCGAGAACGGAGUGGUUGCAGUGCCAUACGGCAAGAUCGAUGAGUUGCUUGAGUUGCUACCAAAACUCGUAGGCGCCGACGAGAAGGUGAUUGCAGACGUUGAGGCGGGCGUGAGCGUUCAGGAAGCAUUCAAAAGGCAUCCUUCGACUCUCACCCGCCGUCUACAUCACCAUCCGACCCGCUCGAGACUCAAUUGUCGCCCCACCGUCACAAUGGGUAUCACCGACUUCUUCUCCGCCGCCUGGGACACGUUCGCCCUCCCCUCGGCCGAUGCCGAAGCUCCUCCCCAGGGUGGCGCAUCGACCAGCACACCAGCAUCUGGAACCGACGAGGAGUCUAGCGAGGAGGCCGAGGUCAACAAGCAGGAUGCCAAGGAGCCCGAGGAGGGUGAGCAGGGACACAGGCCCAGCGACGGCGGCGACGACGAGGAGGAGGAGGAGGAGGAAGAGGAGGAAGAGACCGUAGACCCCAAGGACACCCUUGAGGAGGAGUGCCGCAACUCCAAGGAGUGCCACGGCCCCAAGCACCACUACGACGAGUGCGUUGAGCGCGUCACCGGUCAGAUCGACAACAACGGCAAGGCCGACGAGGACUGCGUUGAGGAGUUCUUCCACCUUGUCCACUGCGCGACCGCGUGCGCCGCCCCCAAGCUCUUCGCUCAGCUCAAAUAAACUUGCCAACACGCUCACCUCGACCGCUACGUCGCCGAAUAAACGACACGAUAGUUGGAAGAUGGCCAUUGGAUCGAAAGACACGACAGGACACGUCAAGGAUGACUGUAAAUACCAGAGUCAUGUUUAGAAUAACACUGUACUAUUUACCAUGCCAAGCAAUUUCUUUACCUCAAUCAGGUUCCAUUGCUACCUCUGGCUGGAGAAAGCAUGGUCAUGGAUUGUAUGACAGUCACACAAACAGUUUCAACUCAUGGCGACAGCGAUGAAAAGCAGAUCUCCUGCAUUGGACUACGCAGC